AUGGCCACCUCCUCGAAAUAUGAUGGAUUUUUCCGCCUCCAAGGAGGACGAGACUAUCCAAGACAAGAUCUGCUUCGCGCCACUCGCCGAUUUCCAGUCCGUGUCUGCUUCCCAGAAAGUGCCAGCCAGCCAAUACAUGCUUUCUGUGUCAUUCAUCCUUCCAGUCAGAGUCCCGAUAUCACUAUUUCAUUCGGUGACAAAAAACUGGAACACGAACCGAGUGUUGUCUUCAGUUUUCCUCAUUGCAUCCUGGAAUUCUACCUGGAGGGAGAUGGAGAGUAUGGCAAUGACAAAAUCAAAGAAUGGCGAGCCACAAAGCCUAACUGGUUUACGCCUACCAAGAAUUUUGAAACCCCCAAAGCCGUCGCCUGCAUUGAUAUCAGCACAAGAGACCCUAUUACGGUCGGGCAGUUCAAUUUGCUCUCGAGCGAAGAACAGGGAAAAUGGCGAGCAAUGCUCUCGGGCCUGGAAAAUGGAAACAUCGUCCUCAUCCCAACUUUUCCCUCCCACAACGCUCCCCUCAAAGACAUGUUCACCUGGCUUUCUCUACUACAAGGCAAAAUCCUGAACAACCUCCAGCCUGUCAGCAUCCUCGAGGACGCAGGCAAUGUUCGAAGGGGCUUUUGGUGGUACUACGAAUGCAUUGCCAAAAAAGACGACAAAGACCUAUCACCAAUGGAACCAUAUCCAUGGAUGUGGCACAACAAAGAUGGGCGCUUGCAGUACAACCCACAGCCCGUAAUCCGCCCAUAUUUCCUUGACAGCCACGAGCGGAAACUGUCGCUAGUUCCUGGGCUGAAGGUUGAACGUCAAGAGCAGAUUAGUAUCAUCGAGAGAAUCUUCAAUAAGAACAGAGUGCACAAGUCGACAAUCUGCCUCGCCGACAAUGGAAAAAAGCAAAUCCAUGUCUCAGUUGUUAAGCCAAUUGAAUACGCAACCGUUGAAAUCCCAGAACUACCGGAGAAGACAGAGGUGCGUUUCAAAAUCACCGACAAUUCUGGCUCGUCUACAGUCGCAGCCGACUUGGUCUUGAUAACGCGCCAUGGCUUGCCUUUGAUUGACCUUGGGCCUCACUACGACAUUGUUCUUGAAAUAAAGCCCAACCUACGCCCGAUAGAAGAUCAAAUUGCGGCUAUCAUUAAGUCUGGGGAGCCAGAGGUGGUCUUCGGUGACAAAACCGAAAACUGGGCUCAAGGUUUCUCUCUCCACCGGACAGUGCUUGCCCAUGGUUGCGAAUUGGAUCCUUCUCAUGGAUCUUUUUUCAAGUGGAGUAUUCUGGAAAGAACAAGCCUGGACCUGGAAACAGCGAGAUGGAGGAUCAAUUCUAUCAAGAAAGCUUGUAGACUUGAUACGACACAACUCGAGGCGUACGAGAAGUCCUUGUUCUACAUGGUUGCUGGUAUGAGCCUAGUUCAGGGUCCUCCAGGCACCGGAAAAUCUCACCUGGGCGUUGCUAUCAUUGUCACUGUUGCUAGUCUUGGGUUCAAAGUACUUCUCACCGCCGGGUCAAAUAAGGCGGUCGACAAUCUCUCAGCAGCAGUUACAAAAUUCCUGAACAGAAACCCUGAAGUAAAAACCUGGUGUGGCGAGUUUGUUCGCGCCCGUACUCCGGGGUAUCAGCUGAGCCUGUUCCAUGAGCUUAUUGUCGGAAGCUCAGAAAGCCACGGCCCAGCUAAGAACAAGACCGAUGCUGACACCAUCCUCGAGAACAUCCAGCUUCCCCUGAUGGUCAAAAAGCUUGUCUACAACGACCCUUAUUCGUCCAAAUACAUGCAACGAUUUGUCGGACUGAUCUCUGAAUAUAUAUCAGCCAAGGGUCAUCUAAGUGCCGACAAGAGCAAGGCCUUCAAGAGUGACUACCAGCUGAUAGCAGCCGAGAUCGCGAAAGAAUCGAGCAUUGUGGCCAGUACCCUUAGCAACUCUGCGCACGAUUUUCUUCUAAGUUUCCAACCUGACUUUGUGAUCUGUGACGAAUCUGGACAGUGCACCGAGGGAGAAUCAAUGAUCGCCUUGUCAAAGCCGUCGGUCAAAGCUUUUGUUCUCCUCGGCGACCCGCAGCAAUUGGCGCCAACCAUCAUCACCGAGCAGUCUGUCAAUCCUAAUCCCGAGAUCGGAUUCAUAAAGAGGUCACUCAUGGAGAGGCUCAAAGAGGCUGGUUACCCUUGUUCAAUGCUCAGGACGAACUACCGCUGCCAUCCUGAGGUCCUGGACUUUUUCAACCGUACCGUCUACAAGGGCCAGUUGACAAAACCAGCCGGUUUCGUCCAUGAUGGCUCUAUUGGAUACAUCUGGGACAGCUUCACAAGAAAUAACCGAGACUUCAUUCUGGCAUGCCAACAGAAUAAACGACGAGUGUUCCUAACCGUUGAUUCUGUUGCUACUAAGCCUGAGAGUUCAACGUCGUGGGUCAAUCACCAGCAGGCAGACGUGGCACUGGACUUGUUGAAGGACCUCUACAAGCACAAGGCACCAGAUGGACGGUCUAUUACUGCCGUCGAUGCGAUGCUCAUAAGUCCGUACAAGGCGCAACGGAAUCUGCUGACUGAAAAGGCACUAGAGCGUGGAAUCCCACUCCCCGAAAACCUCACUGUCGAUGCCUCCCAAGGCCAAGAGGCUAAUCUUGUCAUCUACAUGUUGGUUAAGCCAGGUGUGAACCCGAAGCAGAUUGGCUUUGUGGCAGAUUCUCGGCGCCUCAACGUCGCCCUCAGCCGAGCCAAGGAUGCUCUUGUGAUAAUCGGGAACUCGAAAGCCUGGAGCAAGCAGCUGAUGGAGGAAAUGAAGUACAACAAGACGCAAGCGGUUCUUAGAGCACUUAUUACCGAUGUGCAGGACAAGGCUAAUAUCGUUCCUGUUCGUCCCCUUUUGGGUGCCCCCCCGCUCACUCAAAGUCUUUUGGGUGCCCCCCCGCCCACUCAAAGUGACGACAUGGAUGUCGAUAGCAACGCUGGAGAUGCUGUUGCGGUUGGUGGAGCUAAGACUCAUCGACCGAGAUCUCCGCCAGCCAACAUGCCAGAAUUGACAGACCGACUAAAAAGGGCUCGUGUCAAUCCGCCUGGAGGCAGCCGAACCUUGGGUGAGUCGGGCACUCGCCAGUUGAGCGAGGAGUACAAGGCAACCAGAAACGCCGAAAUGGAAGCCCUCGACCUGGUGCUGGGGCUUGGCCAGCAGAUCCGUGUCCUUGAAGAAACGGCAGACCAAGUUGAUGCGAGGUUUUUUGAUGCAGGGCCAGGUCUAGAGAGGCUGAAAAUCGAGUUCGAGGAAGCGAAGGAAGCCCAUAAAAAUGUGUACAAUCGCAGAAGGGAGUUGGAAAAUGCAGGAAAGAAAUACAAGUGA